AUGAACGGCGAUAUCAGUCUGUCCCAGUCGCUGGGCGGCUUGCGCAUAGCCAACCCGGACGAGGACAACCUAGCUUCUCCGCAAUCACCACCAGAGAGGGACCCAACGACCUCAAUGGACCCUCCACCGCCCUCAUCGCAUUCAUCUUCUAGCACCAUCACCGAGCGGCAGAGGUCUCAUGUCCUUCCUGCUAUCGAAUCAGAGUUACCAUCAUCCUCUCUAGGCUUCAAUGCCAGCACCUUCUCCACCGACAGUACUCUAGUACCGCAACCACAGUCUCCGCCGUUCCUCGCCGAGCAGCCCUUCUAUACUUCAAGACUCAGCCACAGGCAAUCCAUGCCGCUCGCACACCAGGCGCAACAGCAGAUGCAAUAUCCAACCCACCCUGGCGGGCCUCCAAACCCUGGCCGCAACUACAUCGGUGCUCCAGGGACAAGCCCGCGCCCAAUGUCUGGAUUCUACAACCACCCAAACCUGUCAUCGAGCUCGGAGCAGUCGGGCCGCUCAAGAUAUCGGUACAACGACGACACACCUCCACAAGCGUCCUCUAUGGGCCGCAGUAACUCAAGAGCUGCAGCGGCGGGCAUGCAAGCAGCAGGCAUACCAACACGGGAGCUCAGCCGAAACAGCAGAUCGUACCCACCGAACGCACAGAUGCUGGGCGGCAAUGGUCCAGCGCCGCCGCGGCGAAGCUCAAGGCGGAUACCCACCGGUCAAAGCCCGCCUGGUGUGGGACCGCCACUGGGGUCACCAUACGGAGGUGAGGGAGGUCCGCUUGCCAGCAGCGAGGAGUGGAAGGACAAGGGAGCAGCGGUCGGAAUACGGCAAGAGGUGGAUGCGGAUGGGAGGCCGGUGAACCGGGUAGUCAAGAAGGGCGUCAAAGACUUCAACUUUGGGCGGACGUUGGGUGAGGGGUCGUACAGCACAGUCCUGGCAGCGACGGAUCGGCAGACGCUGAGAGAAUACGCGAUCAAGGUUCUGGACAAGAGGCACAUUAUCAAGGAGAAGAAAGUAAAAUACGUAAAUAUUGAGAAAGACACCCUUAAUCGCCUGACGGAUCACCCAGGCAUAGUGCGGCUUUACUAUACUUUCCAAGAUGAGCGGUCAUUGUACUUUGUCCUGGACCUGGCAAGCGGAGGUGAACUGUUGGGAUUCCUAAAGAAAAUGGGCACCUUUGAUGAGGAAUGCACAAGAUUCUACGGAGCGCAGAUUCUGGACGCCAUCGGCUACAUGCACUCGCGCGGAGUCAUACAUCGUGACCUGAAACCGGAGAACGUUCUACUGGAUAGCCAGAUGCAUGUCAAAAUCACCGACUUCGGCACAGCAAAAAUCCUUGACAUGAAGAGACCAAACGGGAGCGGAGCAAUGGCAGGAGACCCAAUGGACGGCGCCGACACCGAUCGGGCAGUAUCAUUCGUGGGCACGGCGGAGUAUGUCAGCCCGGAGCUACUUACGGAUAAGAAUGCCUGCAAGGCGAGCGACCUCUGGGCUUUCGGCUGUAUAAUAUACCAGCUACUUGCAGGUCGGCCGCCGUUCAAAGCGGGGAAUGAGUACCUCACCUUCCAGAAGAUCGUUGCGCUGGAGUACUCCUAUCCGGACGGAUUCCCAGAUGUGGCACGGGACCUUGUUGAUCGACUACUGGUCCUCGACCCAGCAAAGCGGCUACCGAUCGAGCAUAUCAAGAAUCAUCAGUUCUUCGAUGGCAUAUCAUGGGGCCCAGGCUUGUGGAAACAGAAGGCGCCAAGGCUGCGGAGCUAUGUGCCGCCCGCUGCAGAACCCAUCAGGCUUAAUGGUCCCUCAACAGCUGGGCCGCCACCACCACCAGCAGCUGUCGCAGCCCUUCGUCCGCAACCCCGACUCAUAACCGAGCUCCCCCCACCCAGCCAACUCGACAUUGACUGGUCACCCGUCCUGACUCGCAACAACGAGCGCAUACUCAAACUCGGUAACCUCAUCGUCACAUCAACACCGCAGCCGCACAGCCCGACCUCGAAGAACGGCGACACCGCUGCCGACACGCCGAAGAAAUUCUCGCGGUUCUUCGGUGGGACUACCACGAAGAAGCGCCAGCGCCUCGUGAUGAUCACGUCGAGCGCGCGGAUCAUCAUGGCGGCCGCGGGGGGCGACGAGAAGAAGGCGAAGAUGGAGGUGUCGCUGCUGGGGCAGGUAACCUGGAAGAGCUAUAAAGAUGCCAAGGGGCUGACGGCGUGGUGUGUGGAUACUCGUGACAAACACCUCGUCUUCGAAGAUCCCAAAGCCACAACCAGCGACCCAGACGGCAGCAAGUACUCCGCGGCCGAGUGGCUCGAAGCGAUCGAGCGGGCGAAAGAGUUCGCCAUCUCGACAUCUAUGACCAACUCCUACUCCGGCGACUCGACCUUCAACGACCUGAGCUCUUCGCUUUCGAGCCCGUCGAGCACGAUCGGCGGAGAUGGUGCGCUUGAGGGCGUCAAUGUGCCUACCGCGAGACACCUGCGGAAGGAUCCGGAUUCUGAUUCGGUCAAGGGGCGGAAGAGAUUUAGUAAGCGGCACUCGAAGAAUGGGCUUGCGGCUGUGUUUUGA